UGGUGUCUCAAUGGGGAGUGCGUACCCGUGGGCUUCCGGCCCGAGGCCGUGGAUGGUGGCUGGUCUGGCUGGAGCGCCUGGUCCAUCUGCUCGCGGAGCUGUGGCGUGGGCGUACAGAGCGCCGAGCGGCAGUGCACGCAGCCUACGCCCAAAUACAAAGGCAGAUACUGUGUGGGUGAGCGGAAGCGCUUCCGCCUCUGCAACCUACAGGCCUGCCCUGCUGGCCGCCCCUCCUUCCGCCACGUCCAGUGCAGCCACUUUGACGCUAUGCUCUACAAGGGCCAGCUGCACACAUGGGUGCCCGUGGUCAAUGACGUGAACCCCUGCGAGCUGCACUGCCGGCCCUCGAAUGAGUACUUUGCCGAGAAGCUGCGGGACGCUGUGGUCGAUGGCACCCCCUGCUACCAGGUCCGGGCCAGCAGGGACCUCUGCAUCAACGGCAUCUGCAAGAACGUGGGCUGUGACUUUGAGAUUGACUCCGGUGCUAUGGAGGAUCGCUGUGGUGUGUGCCACGGCAACGGCUCCACCUGCCACACCGUGAGCGGGACCUUCGAGGAGGCUGAGGGCCUGGGGUAUGUGGAUGUGGGGCUGAUCCCAGCCGGCGCACGCGAGAUCCGCAUCCAGGAAGUGGCCGAGGCUGCCAACUUCCUGGCACUGCGGAGCGAGGACCCGGAGAAGUACUUCCUCAAUGGUGGCUGGACCAUCCAGUGGAACGGGGACUACCAGGUGGCAGGGACCACCUUCACAUAUGCACGCAGGGGCAACUGGGAGAACCUCACGUCCCCGGGUCCCACCAACGAGCCUGUCUGGAUCCAGCUGCUGUUCCAGGAGAGCAAUCCCGGGGUGCGCUACGAGUACACCAUCCACAGGGAGGCAGGCGGCCAUGGCGAGGUCCCGCCACCCGAGUUCUCCUGGCACUAUGGGCCCUGGACCAAGUGCACAGUCACCUGCGGCACAGGUGUGCAGAGGCAGAGUGUGUACUGCUCGGAGCGGCAGGCAGGGCCCGUGGACGAGGAGCACUGUGACCCCCUGGGCCGGCCCGAUGACCGCCAGAGGAAGUGCAGCGAGCAGCCCUGCCCUGCCAGGUGGUGGGCAGGUGAGUGGCAGCUGUGCUCCAGCUCCUGUGGGCCUUGGGGCCUCUCCCAGCGGGCCGUGCUCUGCAUCCGCAGCGUGGGGCUGGAUGAGCAGAGCGCCCUGGAGCCCCCCGCCUGUGAACACCUUCCCCGGCCCCCUACUGAAACUCCUUGCAACCGCCAUGUGCCCUGUCCGGCCACCUGGGCUGUGGGGAACUGGUCUCAGUGCUCAGUGACGUGUGGGGAGGGCACUCAGCACCGAAAUGUCCUCUGUACCAAUGACACUGGUGUCCCCUGUGACGAGGCCCAGCAGCCAGCCAGCCAAGUCACCUGCUCUCUGCCACCCUGUCAGUGGCCCCUGGACACACUGGGCCCUGAAGGCUCAGGUAGCGGCUCCUCCAGCCACGAGCUCUUCAAUGAGGCCGACUUCAUCCCACGCCACCUGGCCCCACGCCCUUCACCCGUCUCAUCACCCAAGCCAGCCACCAUGGGCAACGCCAUUGAGGAGGAGGCCCUAGAGCUGGACCUGCCGGGGCCCGUGUUUGUGGAUGACUUCUACUAUGACUACAAUUUCAUCAACUUCCAUGAGGAUCUGUCCUAUGGGCCCUCUGAGGGGCCUGAUCUAGACCUGGCGGAGACAGGGGAUCAGACGCCCCCACCACCCAGUGGUCCUGCUGUGCCCUCCACAGGUAGCCCUGUGCCUGCCACAGAGCCUCCUGCAGCCAAGGAGGAGGGGGCACCGGCACCUUGGUCCCCUAGCCCUUGGCCCAGCCACGCCGGCAGCUCCCCACCCCCACCCUCAGAGCAGACUCCUGGGAACUCUUUGAUCAAUUUCCUGCCUGAGGAAGACACCCCCAUAGGGGCCCCAGACCUUGGGCUCCCCAGCCUGCCCUGGCCCAGGGUUUCCAUUGAUGGCCUGCAGACGCCUGCUGCCCCUGAGAGCCAAAAUGACUUCCCAGUUGGCAAGGACAGCCAGAGCCAGCUGCCCCCUCCAUGGAGGGACAGGACCAAUGAGGUUUUCAAGGAUGAUGAGGAACCCGAGGGCCGCGGAGCACCCCACCUGCCUCUGAGACCCAGCCCCACGCUGCCCCCUUUGUCCUCUGUUGGCAGCACCCACUCCUCUCCUAGUCCUGACGUGAUGGAGCUAUGGACAGGAGGGACUGUGGCCUGGGAGCCAGCUCUGGAGGGUGGCCUGGGGCCUGUGGACAGUGAACUGUGGCCCACUGUUGGGGUGGCUCCUCCCCCUCCUCCCCCCAUAGCCCGUCUGCCAGAGAUGAAGGGCAGGGACAACCCCCUGGAGCCGAGGACUCCCACCUUCCCAACCCCAGGACCAGGCUCAUGGGACGUGCAGACUGUGGCAGUGUGGGGGACAUUCCUCCCCACAACCCUGACUGGCCUCGGGCACACACCUGAGCCUGCCCUGAACCCAGGACCCAAGGGCCAGCCUGAGUCCCUCAGCCCUGAGGUGCCCCUGAGCUCUAGGCUGCUGUCCACGCCAGCUUGGGACAGCCCCGCCAAUAGCCACAGAACCCCUGAGACCCAGCCGCUGGCUCCCAGCCUGGCUGAAGCAGUCUCCCCUGCGGACCUGUUGGCUGUCAGGAACGCUAGCUGGCAAGCGGGAAACUGGAGCCAGUGCUCCACCACCUGCGGCCUGGGUGCCGUCUGGAGGCCGGUGCGCUGUAGCUCUGGCCGGGAUGAGGACUGCGCCCCCGCUGGCCGGCCCCAGCCUGCUCGCCGCUGCCACCUGCGGCCCUGUGCCACCUGGCACUCAGGCAACUGGAGUAAGUGCUCCCGCAGCUGUGGCGGAGGUUCCUCAGUGCGGGAUGUGCAGUGUGUGGACACACGGGACCUGCGGCUGCUGCGGCCCUUCCAUUGUCAGCCCGGGCCUGCCAAGCCACCUGCGCACAGGCCCUGCGGGGCCCAGCCCUGCCUCAGCUGGUACACCUCUUCCUGGAGGGAGUGCUCCGAGGCCUGUGGAGGUGGUGAGCAGCAGCGUCUGGUGACCUGUCCAGAGCCAGGCCUCUGCGAGGAGGCGCUGAGACCCAACACCACACGGCCCUGCAAUACCCACCCCUGCACACAGUGGGUGGUGGGGCCCUGGGGCCAGUGCUCAGCCCCCUGUGGUGGUGGCGUCCAGCGGCGCCUGGUCAAGUGUGUCAACACCCAGACGGGGCUGCCAGAGGAAGAUAGCGACCAGUGUGGUCAUGAGGCCUGGCCUGAGAACUCCCGGCCGUGUGGCACCGAGGAUUGUGAGCCUGUCGAGCCUCACCGCUGUGAGCGGGACCGCCUAUCCUUCGGGUUCUGUGAGAGGCUGCGCCUACUGGGCCGCUGCCAGCUGCCAACCAUCCGCAUGCAGUGCUGCCGCUCGUGUUCUCCGCCCAGCCACGGCGCCCCCUCCCGAGGCCAUCAGCGGGUUGCCCGCCGCUGACUGUGCCAGGAUGCACAGACCAACUGACAGACCUCAGUGCCCACCAUGGGCUGUGGCGGAGCUUCCACCCCCUGCGCCCUAAUGGUGCUAACCCUCUCCCUACCCAGUGGCAGGCUGGGGACCUCCUCCCCAUCAAAAAAGGUAUUUUUUUUAUUCUAACAGUUUGUGUAACAUUUAUUAUGAUUUUACAUAAAUGAGCAUCUACCAUUCCAAAGCA